AUGAAUGCUAAGCAAUACAUGUUUGGCCAGAGCCUUGGUCAGAUACCAAACCUUUCUGUCCCGAAUAUCCAGAGUCUAUCCCAGAUGGGAGACAAUGGCUUAGGUUGGCAACAAGUAGGCUCUGCAAGUUGCUGGCGGGAUCCUUUUCCCCAACAGAACAUUUAUGAUGCAAGCUCCUAUCAAUAUGACUACUGCAACUCAGAUGCACCUAAGCCUCCUUCUGAUUUCUUUGAUGUUGCUAGCACUGGCUUUACUGAGCAUAACAUGGUCAUUACGAAAAACACUGAUCAAUUGCACUUCAUGAAAGGAAAUGAAUGGGAUUAUGCCAAUAUGUUCAUGUCUUGUGAUAUGGAGGAGUUGCUUCCACCAAUGGUUCUUUCUCCUCAGGAGACUUCAAACAUCACUAUGUUUUCCAAUGAGAAUGAAAUUUCUGAUUUUGGACUUUUUAAUGGAGGGCCAGGCUCUCUUCAGGGCAAUCAAAAGUAUGAUUCUGAGGCAUCAGUCAAAUGCCAUUUUCAACAGCAACAACUUGAUCAUGUAAUGCUGUCCCAAUUGGAUCCGACAAAAGUUCCAGUCUGUGUAGGGAAUAAUCAGUUUACUCAAUCAAUGGUGCUUCCAUCUGCAUUCAGGGAACAUCCUUCAGAUAUACUGAUUCCUCAACAUGGUAUUCACCAAGUUCCUGUACCUUUUAUGCCUAGCAUGAUCUCCAAUGGACAGAUCUCAACUCUUGAGGAUACAAUGCAAUAUUACUCCGUGAAGUCUGAAAAUAGCCAACACCAAACCCAUGAGUCAUAUGUUCAGUUUGAUAAGCCAUCUAAGGCAUGGUCAGAAUGCUGCUCGGUUGAUCAAUAUGAACUUUUCCAUCAAAAUGAAUGUGAGCAACCACAGUUUCUUUCAGAAAAUUUAGAUGGGUUUCAACGCUUGGCUUCAGGAAUUUCUACACCAACUGGUUUUCAGUCAGAAAGAACUGAAGGUAGCCUUCUAAUGGAUUUUUAUGGUAGAGCUCCUGAUAGGCCCAAUUCUGACAACUAUUUUGAUGUGCUGCCUCCUUUAAAACGUCAGAAGAUUGAAAAUCCUAUGUGUACCUCUCCAAAUGAAAAUGAAACUUCUCAUCAGUUGGCUCCAUUGUUGGUUCAACCAUGCUCUCCUGAAGGACUAGUAAACUUGAAGCAAAAGUUUGAUUCUUCUCUGUCUAUGAAUUCUGAGGUUCCCAUGGUGGAUAUGGAAGACAAUGUCAAUGCGAAUUCCAAUAAUUUGGGGUACAGAAGGAGUGUGCCUGUUCUUCCUAUUCACUCCCAGAAGAAGUCUGAAAAGAGACAACACCAACCCCAUCGAAAUGAAUGUGAGCAACAUCAGUUUCUUUCAGAAAAGUUAGAUGGGGUUCAACACUUGACUUCAGGAAUUUCCGCACGAACUGGUUUUCAGUCAGAAAGAACUGCAAAUAGCCUUCUAAUGGAUUUUUAUUGUAGAGGUCCUGAUGGGCCCAAUUCUGGCAACUAUUUUGAUGUGCUGCCUCCUUUAAAACGUCAGAAGAUGGAAAAUCCUAUGUGUACCUCUCCAAAUGAAAAUGAAACUUCUCAUCAGUUGGCUCCAUUGUUGGUUCAACCAUGCUCUCCUGAAGGACUAGUAAACUUGAAGCAAAAGUUUGAUUCUUCUCUGUCUAUUAAUUCCGAGGUUCCCAUGGUGGAUAUGGAAGACAAUGUCAAUGCGAAUUCCAAUAAUUUGGGGUACAGGAGGAGUGUGCCUGUUCUUCCUAUUCACUCCCAGAAGAAGUCUGAAAAGAGCCAACACCAACCCCAUCGAAAUGAAUGUGAGCAACAUCAGUUUCUUUCAGAAAGGUUAGAUGGGGUUCAACACUUGGCUUCAGGAAUUUCCGCACGAACUGGUUUUCAGUCAAAAAGAACUGCAAAUAGCCUUCUAAUGGAUUUUUAUUGUAGAGGUCCUGAUGGGCCCAAUUCUGGCAACUAUUUUGAUGUGCUGCCUCCUUUAAAACGUCAGAAGAUGGAAAAUCCUAUGUGUACCUCUCCAAAUGAAAAUGAAACUUCUCAUCAAUCGGCUCCAUCAUUGGUUCAACCAUGCACUCUUGAAGGACUAGUAAACUUGAAGCAAAAGUUUGAUGUUUUGUCAUCUAUUAAUUCUGAAGUUCGCAUGGUGGAUAUGGAAGACAAUGUCAAUGCAAAUUCCACUAAAUCGGGGUCCAGGAGUGUGCCUGUUAUUCCUAAAGAGCUCAGCUUUGAUCAUAAAGAGAAGGAGGUAAAGGUCAGGAGUGAGAUGUAUCAGACAGAGCCAGAAAUAGAAAAUAAAUCUACCGCACCAGAAACUAAUUGUGCGAAAGAAGUACAGUCUGGGAAUAUGAAGAUAAAGGGUGUCUCCUUAACUGAAUUUUUCAAUGCAGAGCAAUUAAAGGAACAUAUAUUGAGUCUGAGGAAGUGGGUUGGUAAGACUAUACCAAAGGAAGAAAGGGGAAACAGUGAAAAUGUAUGUCAGUUGUGUGCAUCAGGAAAUCAUUCUUUUGCCCCUGUACCAAUAUAUUGUUCACGUUGUGGUGCUUGUAUCAAGCGCAGUGUAAUUUACUACUACACAACAGAUGAAAGUGGUACACAAAAUUGCUUUUGUAACUCAUGCUACAAGAACUCUCAAGCUGGGAAUAUCAAACUCCAGGGUAUUUCUGUUUCCAAGGCAACACUUAAUAAAAAAAAGAAUGAUGAGGAAGCUGAAGAACCGUGGGUUCAAUGUGAUAAAUGUGACCGAUGGCAACAUCAGAUAUGUGCUCUUUAUAAUGAAAAAAGAGAUUUGGAAAAUAAAGCUGAGUACAUAUGCCCCAAAUGCCUCAUAAAAGAAAUAGAAACUGGGAAGUGUGUACCCUUGCCGAAGAAUGGCAUUUUGGGGGCAAAGGAUCUGCCUAGAACCAUGCUUAGUGAUCACAUAGAGCAAAGACUCUUAAGGAGUCUGACACGAGAGAAAGAAGAGAGAGCAAAGGCUGAAGGAAAAAAUCUUGACAAGGUGCCAGGAGCAGAAGAUCUUGUUGUCAGAGUGGUUUCAUCUGUUGACAAACAUUUGAAAGUGAAGAAGCAGUUUCUGGAUAUCUUUGAUGACGAAAAGUACCCUGCUGAAUUCCAAUACAGAUCAAAGGUGAUUCUUUUGUUUCAAAAGAUUGAAGGAGUAGACGUAUGCCUUUUUGGUAUGUACGUCCAGGAGUUUGGCUCAGAAUGCAGUCCUCCCAAUCAAAGAUGUGUUUAUCUUGCAUAUCUUGAUUCUGUCAAGCACUUCAGGCCUGAGAUAAAAACUAUUACUGGAGAAUGUCUCCGUACCUUUGUUUACCAUGAAAUAAUGAUAGGAUACCUUGAUUUUUGUAAGAAUCGAGGUUUUGCGGCCUGCUACAUUUGGGCCUGCCCACCUUCAAAGGGAGAAGAUUAUAUAUUAUAUUGCCAUCCUGAGAUUCAGAAAACACCAAAUUCUGAUCAGCUGAGGCACUGGUAUCUGUUGAUGCUGAGGAAAGCAGCCAAAGAAAAUAUUGUGAUCAAUUCUACUAAUUUAUACGAUAACUUCUUUGUUCCUAAUGGAGAAUGCAAGUACAAGGUUACAGCAGCUCGUUUACCAUACUUUGAUGGUGACUAUUGGUCUGGUGCUGUUGAGGAUGAGAUCAGAAGUCUUGAAAAAGAAAGCCCAGGAGAGUCUCAGAGGAAAUUGAAGAAAGUGAUGAGAAAUAGAGCUUUAAAAGGCAUGGGACAUGCAACUCCUUCUGGGAAUGCUACAAAAGAUAUUCAAAUCAUGCAAAAAUUGGGGGAAACUAUCUUACCCAAUAAGGAGGACUUCAUAAUUGCCCACUUACAGUUUAUUUGCACACACUGCUGUGAAGUGAUAUUAUCUGGUCACCGAUGGGUUUGCAACCAGUGCAAAAAUUUUCAGCUGUGUGAAAGAUGCCAUGAUGAGAAGAAAAACCUCUACGGGAUGGACACACAUACUUCAAUGAGCAAGGAUAAGCAUUUACUCUCUCAGGUUAUGGUUGAUGAUGUGCCUUCAGUUACCAAGGAUGAAGAUCUUACUUUAGACACUGGAUUAUUUGAAAAUAGGCACACUUUCUUGAGCUUCUGUCAAGGCAACCGUUAUCAGUUUGACACACUUCGGCGGGCUAAGCAUUCCUCAAUGAUGAUUCUGCAUCAUCUCCACAAUCCAACACUGGAGACCACUGAAACUAACUGCAGCAACUGCCUUAAGGAUACUACGGUUGACCAGAGCAGAGGAAGUGGGAUCUGCCCAGAGUUAGUCGUCAGUGCUGCAAGCAAUCAAGAGAAAGGACGUUCUUGUCAUAAUCAUGAGUUGAUUCAACAGUUUCCCACAACUUGUCAUGGGAUAGAGACUAAAGAAGCAAAGCAAAAGACAUCACAUGUUCAUUCUUCAACAAUAAAAGAGAUUAAAGAGGAAAAGCAAAAGGCUUCGCAUGUCCAUUCUUCAACAGAAAAAGAAAAAUGCAAAAGAAAAUUGCUGGCUAUUUUAGCACAUGCAUUUCAAUGUGUAGCGUGUCCCUGCUCCGACCAAAACUGUCUUAAAAUGAGAAGGCUGUUCCAGCAUGCAAAGAAGUGCACUUCUUGGCUUCGUGGGGAUUGUCAACAGUGCAGGAAGGGACGGGCGUUACUGAUAUUGCACUUGAGAAAUUGUACAGAACCAGAUUGUCGCGUACCAUAUUGCACGGAUCUGAAGAAACAUGCAGAAGCUCGAGCAUUGCAAACUGACGCUUGGUGCAGGGAUGCCACUUAGAUUUUGUCAAUUAGCUAAGCACUGAAGGCUGCAGAGAACAGUUGAUUCUCCCAAGUGUACAGAUAGAGCUGGAGGGUUAACAACAGCAGCUGAACUGCUGAAGUAUAAAAUUGUGAAGAAAAUUCAACAAUACAGUUAGCUGGCAUCAGAAUAAUGGUACAAAUAUAUGUAAAUCAAAAUGUUUACAGUUACUAAUUAUGCAGUUGGUUCAGGAAAUUCAUUCAUGCAGUUAGA